AUGGGCCACGUGGGGCUCGUCUUCGGCAACGAAGUGAACCACGACGAUACACUCCUCGAGUGCGGCAGUGACGACGAGGACGCCAUCGGGAGCGAUGACGCUGGCGCCAUGUUCGACGACCUGCAGAGGGAGCAGGGGGAGAACAUCGCUGCUUGCAGGGCCGGGCCGUCCUUCGACCAGAUGCUUGCCAUGGCAGCGGCGGCAGCUGGCGGUGCCCAAGGGCAGCGCCUGAUCGGCGACGGCAGAACGUCCACGCCCACCAAGAACGGAGAGCAUUCGCAGGAUGGCCAGAAUGUCGAAGGAGGGCCCGCCAAGCUGUCGCAGAGGCGCAGGUGGGGUGCUGGCAGCGAGGCGAGCGACGAUGGGGCGGUCCGCGACGGGAAGCUCGGGUCGGGCAAGAAGGGCAAGAAGGCGGGCAGCGGCGCCGCGUCGGCUGCCCUGGCAUUGAAGAACGGAGGCGGCAAGGCCCCUGCCAGAGCCGCCAAGGCAACGGGGGUUGGGGGCGGCGGAGGCGGCGGUGGCGGCGCCGCGACAGGGCCCAAGAGGCGCGGCCGCCCGGAGAAGGAUCUGUCUGAGAUCGUCAGCAGUCUCAUGUCUCAGCUCGAGCACGCAGACGAGUCAUCGAUCUUCUUCAACGAGAACGCCACCGUGCAGCUCAAGUGCAUCAGGCGCUACCUCGCAACGGCGAAUAUCAAGGUCGCUGCAGCGGCCCCCGAUGCGCUCCGGGAUUGCGAGAUCCUCAAGAAGAAGCUCCACGUGAUCGAGUCGUGCAUGGUGCUGUGGAACAGCUGGGCUGGCAAGAGCAAUAUGGCGGCAGGGCGAGCUACGUUCCAUCGGCAGUGGGUUGCCCUCGAGACUUUUACAGAAGCUGAGCCUCGUGUUAGUUUGUCCUGCGAGUUCAUCAGCUUGUUGUACUACAACGUCAUGGCGUCCGCCUAUGGCGACAACUUUGCCACCGAGCUCACUUUCUCAAAGUUGCGGUUGCGCUUUCCAUCGGCCAGGGAAGAGGCGUUGGCCAACUACCAGCGCAGGUUCACCGCCGAGGCGAUCGGCUCCGUCCUCAACUCGGACACGAUGGACACCUUGGCCGUGGUGGAGUCCCUUGCGAAGCUGUUCCGCCAGUUUACCAGCGCUGGAGUGGCGGGCUUCUCGCCUGAUCUGUUGAAUCAAAUUGGCCAGUUCCAGACGCUGGUCGACAUGAAGUCGCAGUGGCUUGGCGACGGGGCCAUGGCCAACGUCGACGAGGUCAUCGCG